CCGAGUCCUAGUGGUUGUUGUCAGACUUUGCCAUUUGGUGAACUCUGGUCAUAACACCCUUCAGGAUUCAGACGAGUUUUACUUGUUCAUGGACAUGCAGGGCUGAGUUCAAGUGGUUGUCAUACCAGAUGACUUCGAAGCGCUGGGCAUUGGCGAUGGAAGAGUACAACCACUGUCUCAUGAAGAAAAAGGGCCAGUCAGUUGUCCAGAAGAAUCCACAAGCUCUCCUAUGUGUGCUGGGCGACAUCGAGCCAAAGUUGAUGAACAAGAUCAUCAAGAACAAUUAUACUUCGAAGAAAAACAAUGAAUUAUUUUGGCACCGUCAUUGCUCUGUCGUCCCACUCGUGAAAGAAGAGCGGGGGAAAAAGACCAUCAUGUACCCUGGACCCGAAAACUCCGCCCUCAACCACAAGAAGGGCUACUGUGCCGACAGUGUCAAGCAAGUGUUGAAGAACGGCGGAGAGGAUCUGCCUCCUUGGCCUCAACCAUGA